UAUUACCCGGAUGUAAGGAGACCAUGCGUAUGUGCAUUAUCAAGAAAAAUUCCGAAACAUGGCAGCGCUGUCAAAUUCAUCACAAUAGUGAUUUUGGAAUUACUUGUAUUGUCAUCAAAAUAUAAAACAAAAAUAUAAAAGUAAAACGGAAUUGCAUUGCAAAAUAAGUUCUCACGAUGAGUUAUCGUGGUAUUCCAGCCGGUUAUGAGGACGAUGAGGAUUGGUUUAGCCUCUCAGAUGGGAUGCAAAAAAUCACCGUCGUACCAGACAUCACAAUCGGUGCGGGUCUAAACAGGGAAAACUUUGACCGCAGUCUCAGCCCUGACGUUGGCAACUGGUUCGAUGGUUACAAGGAGCACUGGAAUUCAUACAAACGCACACCGUCUGCUCAGCACAAUCUCAUUGUGAUGCUCAUGAAAGAUGCAGAUCCUCUCCUCCUGGCCUUAAAAUUAUUCGCUAAUUGUCCAGGGUGUAAUAAUUUAAAAAACAAGAACUUGGCACUAUACAUACUAGAAACCAUUUCCGACCUCCACAAACAAUAUCCAGAUAUAUCGAAUAAAAGCACAGACAACACGCGCAUGGUUGCUUUCAAUUUUGUGAAGACUUGCGGAAUUGUACCGUUAUAUAAGGCUGUGAUGACCACCUAUGAAUUGAACAGGAUACGUGAACUGUUGGUGCCUAAAAUAAAGGAACUAAUUACACAUGGGCACUUCAAAGAUGCGGCUUAUUGGACAAUGCACUUGCAAAUUACGAAUCUUUUUGACAUUUUCGAUAUAAUAUUCCCUUUGAUUUUACAAGACAAGGUGUCAUUGGCGGAAGAGUAUCUUACUGCAGCUAAAGAUUUGACAUUGCCAACCGUGCAAUUUCUUGAUUCCUUAUUGGAUAAACAAAAGACUGUUAUGGAACACUGUGAUGAAAUAUUAACAAAAUAUGAGUACAAAGAUAUCAAACAUAAUGUCUUAAGUUAUCGUCCCAUGUCUAAGUUAGUCACGCGUUUGGCGAAGAAAUAUAAAAUUGAUUCUCAAUAUACCCCCAAUCUGAAUUUUACAAAGUCUUGUUCGUAUAUGCAUUACCUGUGGCACAAAUACCAAGAUGGUGGAAUGAGUUGCGAGGCUUGGCGUGAAUUAGCUCGCGAUGCUGCCAGUACGAAACCAUUACAAUUAGAUUUGAUUUCAAAUGUAGCAACUUACGGUGACUAUGAGGAAGCAAUCUUCUGGGUAAAGUACUUCAACCUACAGAAGGAUGAGUGUCCCAAUGAUAUACGCCAGUACAUGCAAAAGAACCGAUCGAUUGAGGAUAUGCACAACACUAGCAAUGAAUCAUCUAAUUCCGCUAAUAGUGCGGGGGCAAUGAACAAAUCAAAACGUUCAAAUUCCUUAACAGCAAAUCGCUACUUGACACUAAAUCUCCCCAUUGAAUGCGUUUUGAUAAUAGAUGAUCGUGUGAAGUUUCUUGACAUGUUAGAUUACUUGGAAGGCCAACUGCUUAUCGCCUUCGAUUCCGAGUGGAAGCCAACGGUUUGUAAUGAAAAUGUCAUAUCACUGCUGCAGAUGGCUAUUAUGGAUCGCGUCUACCUAUUAGAUUGCUUAUCGCCUAACCUUAGUGAUGAUUUAUGGCAGGAACUCGGACGUAGAGUGUUCAAUAAUUUGGAGAUUUUGAAAAUAGGAUUUUCCCUGCAUCAAGAUUUGCGUAUGUUGCACAAAUCAUUGCCGUUGCAAUUAAACCUUAAUUCGAAAACUUGUUAUUUGGAUUUGCGUGAGUUAUGGCGACGUUUGAAGUACUUACAGAUUGUCAAAUUUCCAUUUGAGAGUGGCUUCAAUUCGGGAGAAAGUUUAUGCGUGUUGGCCGAGAUCUGCUUGGGUAAAAAGUUGGAUAAAUCAAAUCAAUGUUCAAAUUGGGCCAAUAGGCCGCUCCGUCAUGACCAAAUCGUAUACGCUGCCCUGGAUGCGCACUGUUUGUUACAAGUUUAUCAAGUGCUUUCAGAAAUUUUAACACGCAUGGGUUUAGAUGUUGAUCAAGUAGUUGAUGAGGUUACAACGGGCAAAACAGGUUAUUUGUUUCGAAUGAAGCGCGUUAUCAACGAGCAGUUCGACGACCCCAGUUCCGGUGUAGUUAAAAUGAAUGCGCAGAGAGUUAAAGCAGUUAAUGCAAAAACUGAAAACAAUGGCGGUAUUCGAACGAAAUUCAUUUGUGACAGCAUGCUAUACGGCCUGUCAAAGGAGUUACGUAAGUUAGGAAUCGAUUGCGUGGAAGUAAUCAAGGACGACUUGGAUCACUAUAUUGAUAUCGCUAAAAGGGAAAAUCGUUAUGUACUUACACGGGACUCGCGUUAUAAUUUGUUUGUUAGUGAAUUGCCACAAGAGCAUUGUCUACAAAUCCCUACUGAUUCCAGCGUAGAACAAGUAUUGAAUAUACUUCGGCUGUUGGACAUAAAAAUAUAUGAGAGUAAUCUCUUUACACGAUGUUUGAACUGCAAUAGCAAUGAAUUUAUAUUAGCACUGAAGCAUGAAAUGCAAAUAAUACGCUAUGGUCAGGCAUUGGAUGAAAUGAAGGAUGAAAGUGGUGAAAAUAUGAGUCCAUACGAAAAAAAUUUUCAAUUAUUAACUGUUAACAAUCAUGUUUUGAAAUCAAAAACGACCUAUCGUGGCAGGAGUAUAAAGGUGAAUCGCAUUAAAUCCCACAUAUUACGCUCGAAGGAACAUUUUUAUAUAUGUGAUAACUGUGGUGUAUGUACUUGGGAUGGUGCCCAUUCCAUACACAGCAGUGUUAUGGAAAACGUCCUCUACGGUAACUGCGAAACUGCUGCUGCUUCUCGAUUUUAAACGCUUAAUAUAAUAAACAAAUCAUUGCGACUGAACUUUUUGCAUUGGGGUGGUCUAUGAAUAUUGUUUUUUUUUUUUCCUCAGACAUAUAAGCAUCUUUUUAUAUACAUACAUAGUUCUAUAUGUAAAAGUGUA